CCUCCCUCCACCCUGGGAUCCCCCCUUCAGGCCGCUGUCCGCCCCGCCGCCGGGCUGCUCUGCCCAGUGCGGCGCGCCCUCUGUCUGGUGCCAACCUCACCCGCCUGGGCGCAUCUGGCCGAUGAGGGUCGCCGGCUUCCUCGUCGCGGGCCGCCUCGGUCGUCGCGGAGGCCCCAGACGGGCUUUUGCGCUGGCAGCGCAGUGGCUAUGUAUGUAGUAUAUUAUAAACGCACGGCCGCCGUCCGUGACGCCAUUUAGUUAUAGUGAAUCCCGUUUGAUCGUGCCCCCAAAAAGUCAUCCUGUCCGUCUCUGUGGUGUGGUGGUAGAGUUGUUCGCCAGACGGCUCACCCGCAGUCUUGCAUCGCGCGCCGUCUCUUGCAUAGACAUCACUUCACCCUCUCUUACCAAAACGUCCACAUCUCUCACCCUCCUUUCCUCCCCUCUCCCCUCAGCAUCAAACCUCGCUCAAAUCCGCCACCAUGCCUUACGUAUCCUCUGCACGCUACGGCAAGGACAAUGUCCGCGUCCUCAAGGUCACCCGCGACGCCAGCACCGGCAUCCAGUACGUCACCGAGAUGACCGUCUGCUGCCUGCUCGAGGGCGACAUCGACUCCUCGUACACGCGCGCCGACAAUAGUGUCGUCGUCGCCACCGACUCCAUCAAGAACACCACCUUCAUCAUGGCCAAGCAGCACCCCGUCACGCCCCCGGAGCUCUUCGCCUCCAUCCUUGGCAACCACUUCAUCCAAAAGUACAACCACAUUCACGCCGCCAAUGUUCGCGUCAUCACCAAGCGCUGGAAUCGCAUGGACGUCGACGGCAAGCCGCACCCCCACAGCUUCAUCAAGGACGCCGGUGAGACCCGCAACGUCGAGGCCCGCGCCAGCCGCCGCGACGGCAUUGCCAUCACCAGCUCCAUCGCCGGCCUGUCCGUCCUCAAGAGCACUGGCUCCGCCUUCCACGGCUUCGUCCGCGACGAGUACACCACCCUCCCCGAGACCUGGGACCGCAUCCUCGCCACCGAUGUUGAUGCCCGGUGGAAUUGGAAGGUCUUCCCCGACCUGCGCGCCGUCGAGCGCAGCAUCCCCAAGUUCGACCGCGCCUGGGAGGCCGCCCGCAACAUCACCCUCAAGCUCUUUGCCGAGGACAACAGCGCCAGCGUCCAGAACACCAUGUACAAGAUGUGCGAGCAGAUCCUCGAGGCCGUCCCCGAGGUUGACAACGUCGCCUAUGCUCUGCCCAACAACCACAACUUUGAGCUUGACUUGACCUGGCACAAGGGCCUGAAGAACACUGGCGAGGAUGCCGAGGUCUACGUUCCUCAGUCCAACCCCAACGGCCUCAUCAAGUGUGAGGUCUCUCGAGAUGGACGGAACCCCAACAUUGUUAGAGCCAAGAUUUAGAGCUGUCAACAUCACAUCUGCCACGGGUACAUAUUUCGCAGUCCUAGACCGCAAAGUCUGUAGUAUAGCCUAUACAACGUUUAUCGCAAUACCACUGGGGUUUUAACAUG